CCCACGUACCAGCGCCGACAUUAUCCAUGCAACACGUUGCAAUAUUUCAAUCCCUGAAUGAUCAUGUCCAUGGUGAAUACAUAUAUAAAGCAAUCCUCAAUCCGUCAGCUCCACCGAAUGACUGAAUUCGACAUAGAUAUCUGAAAAAAAAAUCAGCAGGUUGUGAGUUGUGAGAAAGAAAACCAAGAUAAAACGAGCUUGAAGAUAGAAAUGAGUGAGGCGGAGGAGACAGGGCAAGCACAGGCAAGAAGGGGGCAUAACACUGAAUCAGAAGCCAUAACAUACGGAGAAGUCUUCAAAGUGAGAGGAGAUUUAGCAAGGCAGGCCAUAAGUCCAGGCGACGCAGCCCUGAUGCACAGCGCAGAGACGAGGGCGCUGGGCCAAAUGCAGAAAGUCGGUGUGGCGGCACGCAUGCAAGAGGCGGCUCACGUGAACGAGAUGGCAGGUGUGGUGGACAAGGGCGACGACACCAGCCUUGCGGCGGUGCAGGGGAUGGCGGUGACGGAAACUGUCGUCCCGGGCAGAAAGGUGAGAGUAGAGUACGUCAGUGGGCAGCCCGUUUCGUGCGACAUUCAAACGGCGCCUGCCCCCCAUGCAACUGCAGCCGCCGCCAAUGUCACAAUUGGCGAGGCGUUGGAGGCGGCAGCACUGAGGUCGGGGGAUAAGCCAGUGGAGCAAAGCGACGCCGCCGCAAUCCAAUCAGCGGACCGACGAGCUACCGGAAUCCCUGUGGAAGUGCCCGGCGGCAUUGCCUCAGCAGCUCAGUCUGCUGCAGAUAUGAAUCCGGGCCUGCCUUACGAGGAGCGUACCACUCUGGCCGAUGUUCUUUCUACUGCGACUCUGGAUCUUCCUGCUGAUAAGGCUGUGAUGAUGGAGGACGCGCAUAGGAUAAAGGAGAGAGAGGCAAGGCGGAGAGUGAGCGGACAAGUGUUUCCUGGGGGCGUGGGAGAUACCAUGGAAGCUGCCGCCCUGAUCAAUGAACCAGGGGACCUCACUGUUGAUCACUAGCCCAUUUUUUGUUUAUGUUUUGCCUUAGUAUAUUGGUCUUGCACAAUGUGAGUGGCUUGUAGUUGUGAAUGUAGAUGUGAAGUUUGUGUGAUGGGAUGUGGAGAAAUUAUGUAUAGUGUAAGCUUUUGUAUUAAUCGCCAUUUUGAAGCUGGGAAUCGGACUUUUUGUAGAAGAUCAUCUAUGGCUACUUGUAAAAGAGGAAUUACGAGGUAGACAUUGAUUUUCAUUGAGAAACUU